AUGCUUUAUUGCUUUCACUCUGUGGCUGAUGAAUUUGAAGAGGACGAGUUUUCCGGUCUGAUUGUUUCUGCCAACCUCGAUACUGCUGAGGUCUCAUGGGUCUCGCCUGCGGAAGAUCAACCAGACUCGUUCUUUGAUGAUCCUAAUCAUCCUGUUUGCUUAGUUCGAACUGUCCAUCGAAGUGGAAAACUUUGGGUGACAACCGAAAAAGCCAUGGAAAAUUCUGUGAAGAUUUACGUUAAGGAUGAUGAGGGAUGGCACGAAUUGGAAUAUCCCAUCGCAGACACUAUGUUCCUAGUGGAUGUGCGAAAAGAUGGUAAUGCUCUCGUUCUGAAUGUGGAGAAACAUCCUGAGGGGCACUUUCAAGAGGACUAUGUCUCAUUUGCAGUUAUGAAUAGAUGGUAAGC